AUGUCGCUCGAGGCGGCCAUGGAGGAGGAGCGGCAGCAGAUCGAGGCCCUGCUGUCGUCGCACCAACCCUCCCGAGGUCCUCCCUCUAUCUCCGGCGCCCGGUCCCCCUCGCCGUACGUGAGCCCGCGCUCGCCUGGCAGGAGCAUGCUUGAUAUGGGAGGUGCCUCUGGAUCCUCGGCCGGCAUGAGGAGAAGCCCUCCCCGACCUGUGCGCAGCAUGCUGGACAUCGACAGCCCGCCUCCCACAGCUCCCAUCCGCAGCAUGUUGGACAUUGAUGGCCCGGCCGCACCCAAGUCCCCGGUCGUGUCGAGUGCUAAGACGUCACCGACACUCUCCUUCAGGUCCGCCGUCCCGCCGGCUGAAGUCCACCACCGAAGCAUGUCGGAUGCCGCCACGAAGCCCAUGCUUGACUUUGGCCCGCGUUCUCCUCCGCUCCCUCGAGACCGAAACUUCGACCCCACUGAGGCCUACAAGUUUAGCGAUAUAUACGCCACAAAUCUUGGCCAGGUCCAUCCGGGAAGCAAACGUGCUUCGCAGGGUCACCCUCGAUCGAGUUCCUCCAUUGGAGAAGCCUUGCGCAGUGCAGACCUAUCGAACCUCGUGUUACCUGGCGAGCUUGGGAGGUCUGGCUUCUCCCGUAGAGGAAAUAGCAAGUCCAAGUCACCACACAACCGCUUCAACCUGCGAUCCAACUCGCCGCAUGGUAGCUUGCUGGGAGGUUCCUCCUCUCGCACCCGGGACACUACGACCAUUACACUGGAUGACGGCUCAGUCAUUGACAAGGACAGCGCCUAUCGCAGACUCUCGGAUGCAAACCUGCUCUAUGGCGGCUCAAGCCUUUCGUCUCUUCCGCGGAAGAAGUCGGACCCUGACGGUCACGGCCGUAUAGAGAAACUUAACAUGAGCCCUUACGGAGAGAUCUUGACAGACGACGAUACGGACGACGAUGUGGGCAACUCAUCCGACGAGGAAAACGAGAGAGGCAGAAAAUUGACAACAAGAGCUGACAGCCAAGGCGGAAGUGAUUCAAAGCGAGCAGCGAAGAGUCUGCUCGCCGCUGCCGAAGACGAGCGGGCGCAAAUCGCUUCACAACAUAAGUACACGUCACUAUUUGAUCCUCAAAUAACGGUGACAAGCCCGAACGGGGACAAGAGCAAGAAAUCGAAUAAGCGCUCGGUACAGCCAUCGACGAGUUUUGAUCAGGAUCCUCCCACACGCGCUGCAACACCUGACCCCAAUGCCGAUCAGGAUGAUCAGGAUGUGAACGCAAUCAAGCGCGCCCAGAACCUGCCGAUCUCUCUGACGCCCGUGAUCUCAAACCCCGAGGUACACAGGUCCAUCCGCAUCAUCUACCGCGGGGACUUUGUCCAGCUACAACGGAGCGCCGAGGAAGAGCACCGGCGUCUUCGCAAGUACCUGGUAGCCAUGGACAUGAGCGACGAGUCAACUCAUGCUCUGGAGUGGGCCGUCGGGACCGUUCUCCGCGAUGGAGACACACUGAUUGCCUUCUACUGCAUGGAUGAAGAGGCGAGCGGUUCCAUCGACGCCGGCAAUCAAGUCCCCGACGAUCCGAAGUCCAUGAAGGAGCAGGCAGCUGCUAUCAAUGCCAUGACCAAGAGCACCAAACCUCCGUUCACCAGCAGCCCCAGCCCCUUCCACCUAAACAGAUCAUCGGCAUCGCCUCAAGUGCGAGCUUUGGAAAGUCAUAGCAACACUCCGUCGCCAGCACCAUCAUUCAGGGGCAAGUCAAAGCUGGAAGAAGAGCGAGAGAGGGCUGUCCAAGACGUCACUGAUCGGGUCUCUAGACUCCUUCGCAAGACGCAGCUCGAGGUCCGCGUCAUUAUUGAGUGUAUCCACUGCAAGAAUCCGAAGCAUCUGAUUACGGAAGUGAUUGACCUGGUCAACCCGACCUUGGUGAUAUUAGGCAGUCGUGGCAGGAGCGCACUGAAGGGCACCCUCCUGGGAUCCUUCUCCAACUACCUCGUGACCAAGAGCUCCGUGCCAGUCAUGGUGGCUCGCAAGCGGCUUCGUAAGAAGAGCAAGUACCAGGCACCGCCCAGGCAGGUCAACAACUUAUCCAACCCGUCCGCGCGCAGUCUCGAGACGGCAAGGAUUGAUUAG